AGCGUAGUGCGAUUCGGGAUUACAGUGUAGCCUGUCUUUCCUAAAUGAUUUUUGUGAUAAUUGAAAGAGAAAUAUACUGGAGCAAGUACGUCCCUUAAUAGGGACAACGUCUGAUGUCAGAGUAAAUUACAUUUUGAAGUUAAAACGCUCGAUCCCACCUUAAGGAAGAUUCAAGCAAGCCUAAAUGAAAGCAAGCCGCUUAAUGGGCGUCUGAUCAAAAAUGUCCUACUUUAGCUCCCGCUUGUCUGCUGCUGGUAUGUGGCAAACAAGCUCGGUGACCUUGAGGCUUGUCUUGCUGGCAGAUGCCCUGGCAGAUGAGCCCUGCUUCCCCAGGAAUGAAAGGAUUUCAGCAGGCUGCGGUUCAAGCUCGUGAUCUUUCUUCCUCCGUAGUCGUCUGUCUGUACCAGUAAUGUGCAGCGAGGACCGUUUCACUGCAGAGAUCGGGGAAGGUCUGAGACCGAGGGGAAUUAGAUUGGAUAUAUCUGAAAUAACCUGACCUGCAACAGUACAACCGACGUCCGAGCUGCCUGCCUUCGUGCAUCUCGGGCUAUUAAAUGUUUCUUGGUGUGCCUCAUAGGAACUAAAGAGCUUUAUCGCGGACACCGUGAUUUUCCAUAUGCCACAGGUAAAAGGAGGAGAAGUCAAGGACGCUGUUGCUCUCAGGAGGGAGUGAGAAGCAUCCGUGAAAAUGUUGUGAAGCAGAGAUUUGUUGAAGUUCCUAGCUGCUUUGGAGUAUUAUGUUGGUGGGGUGUGAAGGGGAGCUUGACAGGAUUAUUCGUACAGGCAGAAAUGGUAAUACAGAAAAAGCUUUAUCGCCUCCAGAGGCAAUACAGAAGAAUUCCUUUCUGGUAAUGAAUUAUCGGUGCCGUUAUUGAAGUCUACGCUUAAAAACUGGAUUGGAAAUACCCCGGAUGAGUAAAGAGGAUAUUCACAUUUGCAUUUACUUGAACGUAACUGUGGGAUACCAAAUGGCUUGCUGUGGUCUUUCCUUGGUUUGGCUUGGAUAUUGGAGGGACCUUGGUCAAACUUGUUUAUUUUGAACCAAAGGACAUCACCGCUGAAGAGGAGGAGGAGGAAGUGGAAAAUCUCAAAAGCAUCCGCAAAUACCUGACAUCAAAUGUAGCCUACGGAUCUACAGGCAUUCGGGAUGUGCACCUUGAACUAAAGGACCUUACCCUGUGUGGACGUAAAGGCAAUCUGCACUUUAUACGCUUUCCUACUCAUGACAUGCCUGCUUUUAUUCAAAUGGGAAGCGAAAAACACUUCUCGAGCCUCCAUACUACCUUAUGUGCCACGGGAGGUGGAGCGUACAAAUUUGAGCAGGACUUUCGCACAAUGGGUGACCUUCAGCUCUGUAAGCUAGAUGAACUCGAUUGCCUUAUUAAAGGAGUUUUGUACAUUGAUUCAGUGGGAUUCAAUGGACGUUCGGAGUGCUACUAUUUUGAAAACCCGACGGAUGCUGAAAGAUGUCAGAAGCUCCCGUUCAACCUGGAGAAUCCAUAUCCUCUCCUUUUGGUGAACAUUGGCUCAGGGGUCAGCAUUUUGGCUGUGUAUUCAAAAGAAAACUACAAACGGGUAACGGGCACCAGCCUCGGAGGGGGAACCUUUUUUGGUCUCUGCUGCCUUCUUACCGGUUGCUCCACCUUUGAAGAGGCCCUAGAGAUGGCGUCCCACGGAGACAGUACCAAAGUGGACAAACUAGUGCGGGACAUUUACGGAGGAGACUACGAGCGAUUCGGAUUGCCGGGCUGGGCUGUAGCGUCCAGCUUUGGAAACAUGAUGAGCAAGGAGAAGCGGGAAUCUGUCAGCAAAGAGGACCUCGCGAAGGCUACUUUAAUAACCAUCACUAAUAACAUUGGCUCCAUAGCACGGAUGUGUGCGCUCAAUGAGAACAUCAAUCGGGUGGUGUUCAUUGGCAAUUUCCUUCGGAUCAAUACCAUUUCAAUGAGGCUUCUGGCAUAUGCUUUGGACUACUGGUCGAAGGGACAGUUAAAAGCACUUUUCUUGGAACAUGAGGGUUAUUUCGGUGCAGUCGGCGCUCUUCUGGAACUCCUGGAUUCAGCCUGACGCGGUGCAGGUCCUGCACGUUGGACCGAGGAGGUCGGGGGCGCUUCCUGGGUCGCAAAGCCCGUGUUUCGCUUCAAAGCCAUCCGUUCGCUGACUGUUACACUAAUUGUGCGUGACCUAAUGAGAAAAGGAGAGGACUGUUGCGUUUCUGUCUGUAAACAGUUGAACCCAAUCUUCAGUUACAGCGCGGGUUUGUUCCGAAGGAGUGUAUGUGCAGGUGCAAGCGCCGCCUUCCGUCGGCGUGUCUGGAGCAUCUGUAGGGCAGUUAGUCGCUGACGUCAAAUAGCCCGUUUUAUGCAGUCUUUACAUAUGUUUAAUGGUGGUGACGUAAUAGCGGACUUGCACUCUGUUCCCCCCCAUCGAGAUUCCUCUGAGUGCCGAAUGCCUACCCCGCUCGCAGUUUAUAGAGUUCAGCUGCCGCGUUUUAUGUUCCGCAAACGAAAGGCAUCGCGUUCCCGUUACGUGGUAAAUUGUCUGUAAAGGGGAAAGGACGUCGGCACGGCCCUGGCGCCGAAAAACCAUACGGACCGCUUCUGCCUCCUCUGAACCGUACAGCGGCCUGUCAGACGCCGUUGCGCUGUCGGUGAGGCUUUACUCCUGGUGUCGCAGUUUCUUACCUAUGUAUAGCAGAGACGAAAGGUAAGGCACAAGUCCUGUGUCUCGGGUUGGUUCCGACCGCAGCCUGUAACGCUUCCGUACUGCCCACGAUGCCCUUCGCGACGUGCCGUAGCGCUGGCAUAGCGUUAGGAGCGUCCGUCGGCCUCUGACCUUGAGAUCUGCUGGAAGCAAAUUUGAAGGUGAAAUAGCAGGGUUUGGGUUUGGGGUUGGUUUGUUUGUGGGUUUUUUUUUUUGUGUUGUAAAAC